AUCUGCAGGCACUUCCUGUCCCACCCACAUUUUCGUGUCGUUUCCGGGUGGGGGUUACAAGCAGGCUGCUGUCGUUAUCUCAACGCUGUAAACAAGUUACUCAACGGUUUAGCUUCAGCGACACAUCGAGCGAAAAGAGAUGCAUAUUAAAACAGGUACAUGGGAAGCCAGCAACACUGUGUGUGAGCCUGAUGGUCUAUGUGACCAAGCAGUCCUUGUUUCAGCCGCCAAUUCUGAGCCACACAUUCGGAACCGCCGCCUGUCUCCUGGCUCGGGAAACUGUGGAGGUGGUGGGGGUGGAGGAUGCAUCUCUGGAGGUGACCAGCUGCCACGGCAGCUUUCACCCGACGGUGACCUGAUCGGUCCCAGCCAUGGCUUUAGCUUCCGCAGGGAAAAGGAACGCAGGGGCCCACAGCACAAAGGCCGUAGUCUGCGCAGGGAAAGUCAGAAGGGUGUUGGCCGUGUAAGUGAAAGGCCACAAAAGGUUAACCAAAAGGAAAGAUGGGUUGAGGACAGUUUGUCUCUACUUAAGCCCCCACCUGCCUUCCCAGUGCAAGACAGCCCUGCCAAGCUACAGCCUGCUGUUAGCUAUGCCUCCAAGGUGAAGGCGGGAGCUGCAACUGGAGCAUUAGAGGAAGACCGACCUGCCAUUGGCGUGCUGCUACAGAAUCAGUGGGGUCUAAGUUUCAUUAGUGAGGCAAGACCAGUCACAGAAGGCUCCGGCUCCAACUCCCCUUCCAGUACCCCACUGCCCACAGAUCCUAAACAUCCAGCAGACCUACAGCUUGACACAGUUCUCACAGUGAAGCCCCCAGAAGAAAGGCCAAUUCCAGUGUCUACCUCCCUCUACCCAAUUGCACGCGCAGAGGUCGACGAGAGCAAUGGAAAGCUGCUGCUCAGUUGUCGCCAUCUAGUGGAAGCUCUGAACUAUCAUAGUAAAGAGUGGAACGCUAUCUGCAACAGACAGAAAAAAGAUCCAAAAAGGGUGAUCUGGUACAAGGACACCAAGGAGCACCCAGCCUAGCAGUGUGACAGGCCCCUAGAGGAAACACACACAACUACAUACACAUAAAAAUACAUAAAGAUGGACAAAUUUGAGUCCUGUUCUCACACACUGCACUCAGGAUGAUGUCUUCACGCAAAGCCAAACUGAGGCACUUUGGACUAACUCCUUUAAGAUCUUACAGCAAUGGACUUUUUUUUAACGCCUUACGGAAAGCCUGCCUUAAUUAAUCAGACCCGUUUUCAUUGUCUCUCAUUACCAUUUUAAGCUUGUAUGUGUAAUUUUUUUUUUUUUUUAACUAUAGGCGCUGUAAUUUAAUUUGUUCCCUUUUUGAAAGCUGCCGUUUUAUCAAACUUUGUCCUCUGUGAAGCGAGUGGUCAAUCAAGCACUUUGUUCAAAGAAUUUGUUUACCAAUCCCUGUGUGCAAGAAGCCCUCAUCAGAGUGACUUUCCCCCUCCCCCAUCGAUUACAAAUCAGAAGAAUGUCUUGUUCCUGCUUGAGUUUUACCGUUAAUGUAUGCAGAGGACCUCUGUACCCAAGUCUUCAGUUUACAGGAGGGUGUAGUCAAAGGCACAGAAGAGUUCACCCUUUAUCACAUCACCAUAUUAAUGCUGUGUUCCUUUUGUUUUCAUUUGGUCCCAAUUGGGUGAAUGUUACUUAUGAAUCCAUAAGGGAUGUCACCAUGUUCAGUAUGUUGAUUUUUGAAAAGAAUUUAUUAAAUAAAAAUUACACUGGAGAAGGAGGAAGAAUGUAAGAGAACAGUAUUGCUUAAUAAAAAUGAGUAAACUUGA